UGAGGGGUGGGGGUACGACCUGGGCGCAGGAGAGGUGUGGAUGGAGAGGGUAGAUUCCUUCCUGCUGGAACGGCCUUGUUAGCAAGGCCCUUCUUAGCAAGAAGGGGUAAGCGGGGUGUUUCUUGGACCUGACUGAAGGAGGGGAAGGGCUUUCUUGGCCGAAGACUGGAGGUUAGACCUUGGGUGAAUUUCCGAGAGUCUAGAGUAGGUUCUACAAUUAAGUGUAACGGUGGCGCAGUAAAGCUGUGAGGGUCUCCUUUGAAAAAUCCACACACUGCCCCACCCCCGUGAGACGAAUGACACACUUCUGAAUGGAAAUGAGUGUUGAAAAGAUCACGGGAUGGGAGAGACUCGGUCUGGCCAUUUUGGUGUUUUUUCACAUGCCCUGCUCCUCUGUUUGCCACGAAUGGUUUCUGUAAGUCCAAGAGGUGAAAAGGAAGCUCGUCGUCAUCUCCAGGUAUCAGAGGUUUGUGGAGAAGGGACUCAAACCCCGUAAGGAUCCUGGCACGUGGGAAGAUACUCUGUUGCAGUGACUCGUUCCAAUUCUUUAUGUUACAGUUAGUCAAUAUGUUUCCAUUGACGGAGGAAAACAAGCAUGUGGCCCACUUAUUGCUCAGUACUGGUACCUGUCCAAGAUGUAUUUUCAGAUUCUGUGGUGUGGAUUUUCAUGCGCCUUACAAACUUCCCUACAAGGACUUGCUCAAUGAACUACAGAAAUUUCUGGAAACUGAAAAAGAUGAAUUAAUUUUGGAAGUUCCAAACCCACCUCCCAAGAAAAUUCGACUACAAGAACUAGAAGAUGGGACUGAUGGGAUUGAUAAUCUGAGUCAGAAUGGAGAGGGAAGGGUCUCCGUUAUUGAAGAUGGUAGCAUUGCUUCCAAGAACUCAAAUUUAAAUGUGUGCAAUGUGUGUCUAGGAAUUCUUCAAGAAUUCUGUGAAAAAGAGUUCAUUAAAAAGGUGUGCCAAAAAGUUGAGGCCUCUGGGUUUGAAUUUACCAACUUGGUAUUUUCGGUCUCCUUUCCACCACAACUAUCUGUAAGAGAGCAUGCUGCAUGGUUGCUGGUAAAACAGGAAAUGGGAAAACAGAGCCUGUCUCUGGGAAGAAAUGAUAUUGUUCAGCUGAAAGAAGCCUACAAAUGGAUAACUCACCCGCUAAUUUCAGAGCAACUGGGUGUUCCCAUUGAUGGAAAGAGCUUGUUUGAAGUGAGUGUGGUCUUUGCUCACCCAGAAACAGUUGAGGAUUGCCACUUCCUACGUGUGAUAUGCCCAGAUUGCUUCAAGCCAGCCAAAAACAAACAGUCAGUGUUCACUAGAAUGGCAGUUAUGAAAGCAUUGAAUAAGAUAAAAGAAGAGGAUUUCCACAAGCAGUUUCCUUGUCCUCCAAACUCACCAAAGGCUGUUUGCACUGUUCUUGAAAUUGAGUGUGCUCAUGGUGCUGUUUUUGUGGCUGGGAGAUAUAAUAAAUAUUCUAGGAAUCUACCACAGACUCCUUGGAUAAUUGAUGGAGAAAGGAAGCUGGAAUCUUCAGUGGAAGAAUUAAUCUCAGAUCAUCUUUUGGCAGUAUUCAAAGCAGAGAGCUUUAAUUUUUCCUCCUCUGGAAGAGAAGAUGUAGACGUGAGAACAUUAGGAAAUGGAAGGCCCUUUGCAAUUGAGCUGGUGAAUCCUCAUAGAGUACAUUUCACUUCACAAGAAAUUAAGGAACUUCAGCAGAAAAUUAAUAAUUCAUCUAACAAAAUCCAAGUCCGUGACUUGCAGCUUGUCACAAGAGAGGCAAUAGGACAUAUGAAAGAAGGUGAAGAAGAAAAGACCAAGUCCUAUAGUGCCUUAAUAUGGACAAAUAACACCAUACAGAAGAAAGACAUUGAAUUCCUAAAUGACAUAAAGGACUUAAAGAUCGACCAGAAAACACCUCUGCGGGUCCUUCACCGGAGGCCCCUGGCUGUGAGAACUCGCAUCAUUCACUCCAUGGAGUCACACUAUGUGGAUGACCAUCAUUUCCGCCUCUAUCUGAAGACUCAAGCUGGAACCUACAUUAAAGAGUUUGUACAUGGAGACUUUGGGAGAACCAAGCCGAAUAUUGGCUCUCUAAUGAAUGUGACUGCAGACAUUCUUGAGCUGGAUGUCGAGUUUAGGAAAAACAUCAGCUCAACUCUGAAUACCUGGAGAAGCCGAAAGAAAGGAAAAAAAAGAAAGAAAGAAAGAAAAGAAGAAUUUCCCAAGUAAGCAAGAAAGGUGCAAAAAGUACAAAGAAAGACGCCCCCCGCCAAACCACUGAGCUGGUGAUGCUCUGUCACCAGUGAAUGUGAAUACUUUAGCAUACAAUUUCUACAAACAAGGACAUUCUUCUACUUCGCCACAAUAGGACUAUCAAUUCAGGAUGUUAACCCGGAUAUUGCAACCAUGUAAUCCACAGAGCCCACUCAAGUCUCACCGGUUGUCCCAAUAGUAACAUUUCAAAGGCAAGGGAUCAUGCUUUGCACAUAAACGCUUUGCACAUGAGUCCUCGACCAAUCUGAAACAGUUCGUCUUUCCUUGGCUUUCAUUAUUUUAACAUUUUUGAAGAUUUCAGGUCAGUUAUUUUGUAGAUUGCUCUUCAAUUUGGGUUUGCCUGAUGUUUUCUUUUUAUUAGAUUGAGGUUGUACCUUCCUAGCAAGAAUACCACAUAAGAGGUAUUAUCUUCUUAUCAGGUGUCCUACAAUUUUGAUUUAUGCAGUUACUGAUGACUGGAUUUUAAUCAGUUAAUGAAGGUCGUGUCUGCCAAGCUCCUCUACUUUUAUAGUUACUCUUUUUUCCCUUUAAUUAGUAAGUGUUUUGUAAGGAAACCAUCAAAUGUUGAUCUACUAGUUUUAGCAUUUACUGAAGAUUUGGCAAAAACCGAUCUAAUUCCACCAUUCCUUCUCCAUUUAUUGCUUAGCAUUCCACUGAAAGGCAGAACUUUCCCUUCUUGUGGAUUUGUGGCUUCCUGUUUUGUUUGACAGGUCAUAAUAACAAAUGCAAAUGCAUACAUGCACACAUAGUAUAUUUCUUUACAUAUAUUGAAAAUUGGAAGUUGUAUACCAAUACAUCCAAUUUCAACCUUAUUCUAGUUUUCUCCCUCCCCCCUUUUUUUUUUAAUUUAUAAUACCUUUCUCUGACAGAAAUCUGGCUCCCAUUAGCCUUAAUAUAUUUACUUGAUAGAUCAGUUCCCCUCAUAAAUAACCAGUCUACUCUUGCUGCAUCCUUAUUCCAGAUCCCUGAGAGUCUCCUCCAUACUACUGCCCUCAAAUGUGCUCCUCCUGUUUCACCCUGUAUCCCAUACUGGGCCACCACCUUUGGCUCCUGUGGUAGUACCUACCUGUACCUUGCUCAGAAUAAGUAAAUGACGUUUGUCCUGAAUUAUAGGGAGAGAGGCAGGAAAUAAGUCAGGAAGGCAGAAAAUGAAAAUCUUUUAAAAAUGCAUUCUAGUACUCUACAAAAAUUAUCAUUUCAAAGGAUAGUUACAUGUGCAGGUAUUUUCAGCUAUAGCUUUCCGUAAAAGUGCCCAAUGUUUCUAAGCAACCAAAAUACCCUUCCCAAGGAGGAUGGUAUAAAUAACAAAAUCUCACCAAUAUUUUUAAAGUCAAAUCACAACAAAAUUUUAGGAAUUUUAAAAUUUUUCCAUUUAUUAUAUUACCACAAAAAAAAAUCACUGUAUACAGAGAUAUUACAAAGGUAAUAAAAUAUUCUGUACAACAAAAAGGAUUUUGACACUUUACAAAUGAUUGCAAUCUUUUUAACGCAUUUAACAUUAAAUAAUUUGAGAACUUUAAAAAUACUUAGUACUUUGAAGGGGUGGGGUGUGGGAGCUUGGGGGACCCUGGUGGUAGGUAUUAUG